CAGGUGGCCUGCACAGAGCCCAACCCCUGCACCCAGGUAGCCAUGAACAGCCACGGCCACAAUGGCAGCAUGGGGCGGCCGCUGGGCAGCGUGCCGGGUGCCCUGGGCCGCGACCCUCCAGACCCCGAGGCCGGUCACCCCCCGCAGCCCCCACACAGCCCGGGCCUCCAGGUGGUGGCCAAGAGUGAGCCAACCCAGCCGUCGUCCGGCAGCCCCCAGGGGCAGCCCCAGGACCAGGAGGACGACGACGAUGAGGAGGAGGAUGAGGCGGGUGGGCAGAGGGGCUUGGGGAAGCCCUUGAACGUGGGCCACCGCCUGGGCCACCGGCGGGUGCUCUUCGAGAAGCGGAAGCGCCUCAGCGACUAUGCGCUCAUUUUCGGCAUGUUCGGCAUCGUUGUCAUGGUGACGGAGACGGAGCUGUCCUGGGGAGUGUACACCAAGGAGUCUCUGUACUCGUUUGCUCUCAAAUGCCUCAUCAGCCUCUCCACUGUCAUCCUGCUGGGCCUUGUCGUCUUGUACCAUGCCCGGGAGAUCCAGCUGUUCAUGGUGGACAACGGGGCGGAUGACUGGCGCAUCGCCAUGACCCGCGAGCGUGUCCUGCUCAUCUCGCUGGAGCUGGCCGUGUGUGCCAUCCACCCGGUGCCGGGCCACCACCGCUUCACGUGGACCGCACGCCUGGCCUUCACCUAUGCGCCGUCGGUGGCCGAGGCCGACGUGGACGUGCUGCUGUCCAUCCCCAUGUUCCUGCGCCUCUACCUGCUGGGCCGCGUCACGCUGCUGCAUAGCAAGGUCUUCACGGACGCCUCGAGCCGCAGCAUCGGAGCCCUCAACAAGAUCACCUUCAACACGCGCUUUGUCAUGAAGACGCUCAUGACCAUCUGCCCGGGCACCGUGCUGCUCGUCUUCAGCAUCUCCUCCUGGAUCAUCGCCGCCUGGACCGUGCGCGUCUGUGAGAGGUACCAUGACAAGCAGGAAGUGACCAGCAACUUCCUGGGGGCCAUGUGGCUCAUCUCCAUCACCUUCCUCUCCAUCGGCUACGGCGACAUGGUGCCCCACACCUACUGCGGGAAGGGCGUGUGCCUGCUCACCGGCAUCAUGGGAGCUGGCUGCACGGCACUCGUGGUGGCCGUGGUGGCCCGGAAGCUAGAGCUCACCAAGGCUGAGAAGCAUGUGCACAACUUCAUGAUGGACACUCAGCUCACCAAGCGGGUAAAAAACGCCGCUGCCAACGUUCUCAGGGAGACAUGGCUCAUCUACAAACACACCAGGCUGGUGAAGAAGCCAGACCAGGCCCGGGUUCGGAAACACCAGCGUAAGUUCCUCCAAGCCAUCCAUCAGGCUCAGAAGCUCCGGAGUGCGAAGACCGAACGAGAGAGGCUGAACGACCAGGUUAACACACUUGCAGACCUGGCCAAGACCCAGAGCAUCAUGUACGACGUGGUGUCUGAGCUGCACGCCCAGCACGAGGAGCUUGAGGCCCGCCUCGCUGCCCUCGAGAGCCGCCUGGAUGCGCUGGGCACCUCCCUGCAGGCCCUGCCCGGUCUCAUUGCCCAAGCCAUACGCCCACCCCCACCACCCCUGCCACCCCGGCCCAGCCCCGGCCCCCCGGACCAGGCAACUCGGAGCCCCCCGUGCCGGUGGCCACCCGUGGCCCCCUCGGACUGCGGGUGA